GGAGGAUUUACAGAGAUGGAAUGAGAAGAGGGUUCUGGAUUCUAGAGAACUACAGCUAAAGUGGGGAAAGGGAAGCAACUAACUGUUUACACUUUACACAAUUUGUCCAAAGAUACUCAAUAACAGGUGGCUCUAGCUAUUUAUAGCUUGGUUUGGGUUGUUACAAUCUCUUCCGAAAGAGGAAAGACAGUCCCCCCACCACUGGCUGAUCACUGAUCACUCCAAGGUCCCGAUCCCAGCUACACACUCCACCAAAGCUGCAGCCGGCGCCGGCGAACUCGCCGCCGACAUCGAUCCGUAUCCGCCGUGGUACUUUUCCCCUUCGAUGUCAGCCAGCAAGUUUCAGCAGCAAUCCAUGCUCACUCUCAGAGGCUCCCUCCUCUCUCUCGCAAUCCUAACCUUCGUCUCCCUCACUUACCUCUCCCUUAACUCUCUUCACUCCUCAAUCUCCUUCUCCGCGCAGUCCUCUCCCACCGCAACCUCAGCCUCCGGGAAGCAAAUUAUUCAACUGGUGCAAAGAGAGACGGAGGCUUCAGCGGGGCAAGAAGAGAGCGGAAAUGCGGAGGUAGGGAGGAGCGACGGCGAUGACGAGAUUACGGAUCUGUACCAUUACCCGGAGGUAUUCAAGCUUAAUUACGCGGCGAUGGAGGAGAAUUUCAAGGUUUAUAUCUACCCGGACGGUGAUCCGAAAACGUUUUAUCAGACGCCGAGGAAAUUGACGGGGAAGUACGCGAGCGAGGGCUACUUCUUCCAGAAUAUUAGAGAAAGUAAGUUCAGGACUGAAGAUCCGGAUCAAGCUCACCUCUUCUUUAUCCCGAUUUCAUGUCAUAAGAUGCGAGGCAAGGGUACUUCCUAUGAAAACAUGACCAUAAUUGUUCAGAAUUAUCUGGAUGGCUUGAUAGCCAAAUAUCCUUACUGGAACAGGACUCUUGGGGCAGAUCACUUCUUCGUUACAUGUCAUGAUGUUGGUGUAAGAGCAACUGAUGGUGUUCCAUUUCUUGUGAAAAAUGCUAUUCGAGCAGUAUGUUCCCCAAGUUAUGACGUUGGAUUCAUUCCACACAAAGAUAUCGCACUUCCUCAAGUUCUGCAGCCAUUCGCUCUUCCAGCUGGAGGCAAUGAUGCGGAAAACAGGACUACUCUUGGCUUCUGGGCUGGCCAUAGGAACUCUAGAAUUAGAGUUAUACUGGCACGUGUUUGGGAAAAUGAUACAGAGCUCGAUAUUUCGAACAACAGAAUAAGUAGGGCCACAGGACAUCUAGUGUAUCAGAAGAGAUUUUACAAGACUAAAUUUUGCAUAUGCCCAGGAGGUUCUCAGGUCAACAGUGCUCGAAUAACCGACUCAAUCCACUAUGGAUGUGUUCCUGUAAUAUUAUCCAACUACUAUGACCUGCCAUUCAACGACAUCAUUGACUGGAGCAAAUUCGCCAUUGUAUUGAAAGAGAAAGACGUGUAUCAGCUGAAGCAGAUCCUCAAAGACAUACCAGAUGAGAAGUUUCUUGAGUUGAAUAAAAAUGUAGCCAAGGUACAGAAGCACUUCCAGUGGAAUUCACCACCGAUUAAGUACGAUGCAUUCCACAUGGUGAUGUAUGAUCUCUGGCUGCGGCGUCAUGUCAUCCGAUACUGAAUGUUGAAACGAGAAUAGCUUGUAAAUUCUCACAACCCCAUCGCGGGAGGGGAUUAGUCUGUUGCUCACUAUUAUUUCAUUUGUUCUUUAGACUUGAUACCCUCAAAUAUUUUCCACACUAAAUGUAGGCUGUAGAUCCUCUGUGUUGUUUAGAGCUGUAACAAGGUUGUAACGGGAACGGGAAAAGAGAGAGCAGACAAGGUGAGAGAGAUUGGUAGAACACCCUCCCUGCAUUGAUUCUUGGACAUCUUUAUAGGAAUUUUGCGAACAUCUGUGUUAGUGUUCACUUCUUGGCUUCUUGUUACUGGAAAAACCUUUUGGAACGGCUUAGUUGUUAAACUCAUCAACAGAUGGGGAGCUGGAAGAAUUGGCAUUCUAGUUGGUCGCUUUUGAUCCACGGUAUUUAUGAAAUCGAUUAUAUUGGUUAGUUAAAAUCGUAGCAGACUUUGUGAGAUUGACUAAUCCGCUAGUGAGAUUGACUUACAGUGGAA